AAAGUUUUUGAGGAAGGAUGGCCUUAGUGGCUAGGUGCAAUUGGUUUGUUGGUCGCGGGAGCGAGUUGUCGGGGGUGAUAGGACCUCUGUUUGUGCGAUUGGGACAGCAUGGAAGAAGGUCUGAUACCGGCAAGGUGACGAGGUCGCCAAUUGCACGCCAUGUGGCAAGUGGAAGAGCAACGCUAUGUCGUCAGUGUUCAAGAAAGUGGGGCUCCAUAGAGCUCAAUUCUCAAAGGCGCCCCUACUCCUCGAAAGCAAAUGUACUAGACUUGUCAGAGUUCCCACCAGAAAAAGUGCGCAACUUUAGCAUCAUAGCACAUAUUGACCAUGGAAAGAGUACGCUGGCGGAUCGACUACUAGAGAAAACCGGAACGAUAUCAAAGGAUGCUCUCAACAAGCAGUUUCUGGAUAAACUCAAAGUUGAGCGGGAGCGUGGAAUUACCGUAAAAGCUCAGACAGCAUCCAUGUUUUAUACCCAUAAUGGAGAGAAGUACCUUCUUAAUCUCAUCGACACGCCAGGGCAUGUCGAUUUCAGCUAUGAGGUUUCGCGAUCCCUGGCGGCAUGUCAAGGGACUCUACUGCUAGUUGACGCAUGCCAGGGUAUCCAAGCCCAAACUGUCGCCAAUUUCUUUCUCGCCUUUGGAGAAGACUUAUUCAUCGUCCCCGUCAUUAACAAAGUCGACCUGCCUUCCGCCGAUCCCGAAAAAGUAUCGCGCCAAAUAGAAGCCGCUUUCGAAUUGGAUACAACCAACAUUUUGUCCAUAUCAGCCAAAACCGGUCUUGGUGUUGAAAAAGUCUUGGUUGACAUUGUUAAUCAAAUACCCCCGCCCGUGGGUGACCGCUCCGCACCCUUCCGUGCACUCCUUUUCGAUAAUUGGUAUGACCAGUAUGUUGGGGUUGUCUGCUUGAUUGCGGUUCGCGACGGCACAUUGAAAAAGGGAGACAAGCUUGUAUCAGCACAUACUGGCAACACGUACGACGUCACAGAUCUUGGAAUCAUGUACCCCGAACAACAAACUACCACAUCCCUCCAUGCGGGACAUGUAGGGUACGUCAUUCUGGGUAUGAAAACCACCCGUGAUGCGCAGAUUGGAGAUACAUUCUACAAGGAAGGUUCACCGGUUAAAGCCUUUCCUGGGUUCCAACCAGCAAAGAGCAUGGUGUUUGCGGGAUUGUACCCUAUGGACGCGGCAGAUUACACUAAACUCCAAGAAGCGCUAGAUCGCCUGACACUGAACGAUGCAAGCGUCAGUGUAGCGCGUGAAUCAAGUUCCGCAUUGGGACAAGGGUUUCGUCUUGGUUUCCUGGGCACAUUACAUAUGGAUGUCUUUCGAGAGCGAUUGGAGGAAGAGUACGAGGCGACGGUCAUUAACACGUCGCCGACUGUGCCCUAUAUUGUACGAUACACGAAUGGACAAGAAAAGGUCGUACGCAAUCCGGCAGAGUUUCCCGAACUUGACGAACAUCCAAAAAUUGCUGCCUUUUUGGAACCGAUGGUUGCAGGGACCCUUAUCUUCCCGUCACAGUACCUAGGAACCAUGAUGGAUUUGUGUGGGUCCCAUAGAGGUGAACAACAGGAUUACACUUAUAUUGACGACAAUCGCGUAAUGAUGAGAUAUAAACUCCCCAUGUCGGAAAUCCUUACUGAUUUCUACGAUCAGCUCAAAUCUCGAACGUCAGGAUACGCUAGUUUCGAUUACGAAGAAAUCGGAUUCGAAGCAUCUGAUUUGGUCAAGGUAAACAUUCUCCUCAACUCUAAACCCGUCGAUGCACUUGCGACUAUCGUACAUCGAUCCCAUGCCGAACGUGUCGCAAAAGAAUGGGCCAAGCGUCUCAAAAAUGUCAUGAGCAAACAAUUGUUUGAAAUCAUUAUUCAAGCUUCUGUUAAUAAUCGGAUCGUGUGCCGAGAAUCUAUUAGCGCCGUCCGCAAAGAUGUCACAGCUAAAUGCUACGGAGGAGAUAUUACGCGUAAAAUGAAGCUCCUAGAACGUCAAAAGGCGGGUAAAAAGCGGUUGAAAACAGUAGCAGGGGGAGUGCAGCUCCCCCAAGAGGCCUUCUUAACGUUGAUGAAGGGAUCAAGUGGGAAACAAAAGUGAAAGGCUACAGUAGAUGGCGAGGCAUAACAUGUAUUUAUCUUCUUUUUUUUUUCUUUGUGUAUAUCGGCAUAGUUAUUUAUCUGUGACGGAAAUCUUGAUUCAUAGAAAACAUACAAGUCGU